AUGAGGCAGGAGGUGUGCUCCGCGGCCUUUCUCAAGGCAGUGUUCGCAGAGUUCCUGGCCACCCUCAUCCUCGUCUUCUUCGGCCUCAGCUCGGCCCUCAGGUGGCCGUCGGCGCUACCCACCAUCCUGCAGAUCUCGCUGGCCUUCGGCCUGGCCAUAGGCACCAUGGCCCAGGCCCUGGGGCCCGUGAGCGGUGGCCACAUGAACCCCGCCAUCACGCUGGCCCUCCUACUGGGCAACCAGAUCUCCCUGCUCCGGGCAGCCUUCUACAUGGUGGCCCAGCUGGUGGGCGCCAUUGCCGGGGCUGGCAUCCUCUAUGCGGUGGCACCACAAGAUGCCCGAGGCAAUCUGGCCGUCAACGCGCUCAGCAACAACACAACUCCGGGCCAGGCCGUCGUGGUGGAAAUGCUUCUGACCUUCCAGCUGGCGCUCUGUAUCUUCUCCUCCACCGACUCCCGCCGCAUCAGCCCUGUGGGCUCCCCAGCCCUGUCUAUUGGCUUGUCCGUCACCCUGGGCCACCUAGUGGGGAUCUACUACACGGGCUGCUCCAUGAACCCGGCCCGCUCUCUCGGCCCCGCGGUGAUCACAAAGCAGUUCAGCCCCUCGCACUGGGUGUUCUGGGUGGGGCCCAUCAUGGGGGCUGCCUUGGCCUCUAUCCUCUACUUCUACCUGUUCUCCCCCAACUCCCUGAGCCUGAGUGAGCGUGUGGCCAUCAUCAGGGGUGCGUCUGAGCCCGAGGAGGACGGAGAGGAGCGGAGGAAGACCAUGGAGCUCACUGCCCAGUGA